CCCUAGUUUCUCUCAGUCUGAGUCUGGCAGUUACAAGCUAAGACAUGUUUUCCCGUCUUCGCAAGCGUUUUGGGAGGGGGAACGUCGAUUCUGGAGAGACUAGAGUGAAGGAGUCUGGCCUUUCCUCUCAAAGUAAUGAUGGACAAAGACAGCACUUCUGGAGAAUGUUCAACGCUGGGAGAGAAACAUCUUCCCCUGAAACUGCCCUAAGCGAGAAGCAGGCCAAGAAGGAAAAGGAGAGGCUGAUUAAAGAGCUGCAGCUCAUUACCGAGGAGAGAAAUGACCUGAGAUAUCGCCUGAGGUUUCUGACAGAGAGAUCCAAGAACAACAGGCCACACUUCAGGCCAAAUCCGUAUUACGAAGACCUGGAGAGAAUGGAGGAGGUGGUCAUGUCAAUUCUGCACAACUUAGAGAUGGAGAACACUGAGAUCCAUGAGAACAGCCAUAAGCUGAAGAAGGAGAUUACCUUCUCUAGAAACCUGCUCAGCCAGCUCCUGAUGGAGAACACAUGUAGGAAGAAGUUGGUCCCACAGAAGCAGGGGAGCAAGGAGGGACAUCUUGAUUGUGCACUGAACCAGAAAUAUUUGGUUGACUUCAACAAGAAAGAUAAAGACCAGCAACGUCCAGAUCCAGCAUCAUCAGGUCUCAGAAAGUGCAAGAGAACUGGAAUUGGACACACACCAGUAAGAGAGCUUCCUGAAGAAUGAGUUGCUUUCUCAGGAGUCCCUGAUGACAAACAUCCUGAAUGAAAACAGCACUUGAGAGACAACUUGGGGGACUGCCUUUCAUUAUGUGUGCUAGAGGAGAAACAGCAAUACGUCUAUGCUUCUAAAUGUUCGUUAAGAAUAUGCUCUUUAGAAAUAUUUUUGUUUUGAUUUUCAUUGAAGUUUUCUUUUUGUUGUUUCAUAUUUAUAUGUUCUUGUUACUAUUUUUCACUUUGAAAUAUUUUUAAAUAUUUUUAUUCAUUUUAAUCCUGUUUUGUUGUCAAAAUGUAUUUGUUAUCAAUAAAAAUUGAAUUCU